AUGGCAGUGAGUUUGACGCCAACACCGCCAAUCCUCUUUAGCAGCCCCUUCUUCUCAUCUGCCAUCGCAACUCGUGGCAACUACUCCUCUCGUCUUCCUCUCCAAGCAUCUCCUCGCCCCUGCUUCCCCCAUGUCCAAGCAUCACCUGUGGCAGCGAAAUCUACACCAUCAUCUAGUAUUGAACAAGAAACAACAGAUGUGGAUUAUGAUGACGUUGCUCCCAAGACGUUGUCCAGCUAUGGGCCCUCUUUGUGGGGUGACUACUUCCUCAACUAUGAGCCAAAACCACUGCAGGCAUACACUACCCCCACCGCGGGUGCAGAUGAGCUCGGGUGCAGAGAUGGAUUUUUGCACGAAUAUUCACAAAUCAUAGAACAAUAUUAUUCUCCACUAGGACAUGUCGGGCUAAACUAUGCUCAGGACCGCCUGGUCGAGGGUUACAUUUGGUGCUAUGCGGUAUACCAUGAGAAAGAUUUUGCGUUGUCCAGAAUAUUUCUUACGAAGCAGUUGAUGCUUAUUUCCCUGAUGGAUGACACGUAUGAUUCCCAUGCCACCAUAGAGGAAUGUCGAUUGCUAAAUGCGGCCAUACAAAGAUGGGAUGAGAGUGCCACUUCUCUUCUACCCAACUACCUUCAAAGAUUCUAUAUUGAAUUGUUGAGGAUAUUUAAUGAACAUAAGCGUGAAGUGGCCAUUCGUGACACCUACCAUGUUGCCUAUGCCCGGAAAUUUCAAGAUCUAUCAGCUUAUUAUCUCCAAGAAGCUGAAUGGUUACACCAGAAUCACAAGCCAAGCUUCAAAGAUCACAUGAGUUUAUCUGCCAUGUCCAUAGGAUCACCAACAUUAUGUAUAGGUUUGAUGGUUGGCAUGGGUGAUCUAGUGACGAGGGAAUCAUUUGAGUGGGCAGCUGGUUACCCUAAUGUCACCAUAUCAUGCGGGAAGAUAGCAUGUCUAAUGGAUGACAUUGUUGCAUUUAAAGGCGGGAAGGCCAAGGGAGAUAUAGCAACCUCUAUAGAGUGUUACAUGGUUGAGCAUAGGGUCACAAGUGCGGUUGCCAUUUCCAAGAUCCUUUCACUGCUAGAAGAUGACUGGAAAACUCUAAAUCAAGCUCUCUUUCAACAUCACGCACAACUCCCGAUGGUGCGGAGGAUUAUUAACUUUGCUAAUAGCAUGCCAUUAUUCUAUGCUGAGAAAGAUGCAUAUACCUUCAAUAUCCAUCUUAAGGAUACCGUUGAGAGCCUUUUUGUUGAAACCAUUCCCAUGUAG